CAUCGCUGCUUCGCCGGGCGGGAUUUCCGCAAUAAUAUCAAGUAUGGCGAAAACAUACGACUAUUUGUUUAAAUUACUGUUAAUCGGCGACUCUGGUGUCGGGAAGACCUGUGUGCUCUUCAGGUUUUCAGAAGACGCCUUCAACUCAACGUUUAUCUCAACCAUAGGCAUUGAUUUCAAGAUUAGGACAAUAGAGCUUGACGGCAAGAAGAUAAAGUUACAGAUAUGGGACACGGCUGGUCAGGAGCGCUUCCGAACGAUCACAACAGCCUACUACAGAGGAGCAAUGGGCAUCAUGCUUGUCUAUGACAUCACCAACGAGAAGUCGUUUGACAAUAUCAAAAACUGGAUAAGGAACAUAGAGGAGCAUGCAUCUUCUGAUGUUGAGAAGAUGGUUCUUGGCAACAAGUGUGACAUCAACGACAAGCGGCAGGUGUCCAAAGACAGGGGGGAGAAGCUUGCGUUAGAGUAUGGAAUAAAGUUCAUGGAGACCAGCGCAAAGGCCAACAUCAACGUGGAAAAUGCAUUUUUGACGCUCGCCAGAGACAUCAAAUCAAAAAUGGACACAAAAUUGGAGGGUAACACGCCGCAGGGGAGCAGCCACGGAGUCAAGAUCUCCGAGCCUCAGAAAAAGACCAGCUUCUUCCGCUGUAGCCUACUCUGAGGACCGAGGCCUUCGAUACCGGCUGCCAGCUGGCUGGACAUAAAUGGACUGUGCUUGCUCUUAGCACUUCCUUCCCCCUUCCUUCUCUCUCCCCAUCCAUGACCUGUCCUCCCAGUCCACACAAACCAUUCUAUUCCCAGUAAGCUGAGGACUUCCCUUCCUCUCUUCUUCUCCUUCUUCUUCUUCUGAAAGCUUCCAGUGCUGCAUCUCUUCCGUUUUAAAGAGAUCUGUUGUCUUCAUGGGUCGGGGUGCUUGACUGGUGGAGGACUCAACCAGGAGCAUUGUCCAGUUAUUUCUCAUCACACAAAAGACAGGCUCUUACUUCUGACGUUAGUCUCUUUGUACAACGCGCUCACAUUUCACACAGCCGGUAGCACAACCGAGGGUGAGAAAUCGUUAAAUUAAUGUCAAGGUUUUGGGAUUGCAAAUGCAAAUGUGAUAUUUAGAUCUAUUUUUAUUAGUGCUCUUUCCCCUUUUUAAGUGAUAAAUGUCAACCAGAGACUGAUAGGCUUGAGCUCUAGAAACAGAGUUGCUUUCAUUUUCAUUUCAGCAGUCGGGAAUCAUAUCACACAUAAGGCUUUCAAGGAUCAGUGUAUUGAAAGGUUUUUUUUAAUUUGAGUUCUGCCUUUUUUGCUUUGCAUGUAGUCCGUGACAAUCACAUGAUGUUUCUUAAAAUGCGUGUUUCAUCUCGCCCUGAUCAUUACGCACCGCCUCCAACUCUUUCUAACCGCUCUGCAAUAGCUUUCAGGUGCUGCAAGGCAGUUUUCUGCAACACAAAAGCUAAAAACACAAUUCAGAUUUCUGCCUCUGUAGAUAAAGUUUUCUGUCACAUUAUCAGCAGAACAUUAGUGAGGUGACGUGUUUCUGCUUCGGCUUUCUCUGGUGUCGUAACCUGCAGGAAAGUAUUGUAAAUCGUGGUGUGAAAGUGCAUUGCUAUAGUACACUAUUUAGGAAAAUAUCAAAAUGUGCACGCUGUAUGAUAAAAAUAAUACUCCACAAUUGAGUGCAGUGUAAUAAGAUUAGGGCUGCAUUUAACAAUAAUUUUUUAUUCAAUUACUCUGCCACUUAUUUUCCUGAUUAAUCUAUUCAUUUUUGUGUUUAUGCAAUAUCAGAAAAGAGCAAAAAUGCCCAAGGAGACGUCUUUAAAUGUCUCGUUUUGUUCAAUCAGGGUUGCAUGUAACAACUAUUGUUAUUAUCCAUUAUCAUAAUAGCUAUUUUCUUGAUUAAUCUGUGAAUUUUUGGGCUUAUACAAUAUCAGAAAAUCGAGAAAAAUGCCCAAGGAGACAUCAUUAAAUGUCUUGUUUUGCCUGAUCAACGUCCAAAACCCAAAAACAUUCAGUCAACUAUCACAUAAAACAAAGACAAGGAGCAAAUCUUCACAUUUCAGAAGCUGGAACUAGCUGAAUAGAUCAACUAUCAAAGUUUUGACUAAUUGUUUCAGCUCCAAAGAUUGCUUUAAAAGGUUGCCUUUGAUUUGACUUGAGGGUUUUGUAGCAGCUCUGAUUCACAGUCUAGCUAAAUGACGUCUCCGGUUUUUUAACCAGCAUUUAAAAUCACUUGAAGUUUCGCACUGUAAGCCCCCUUCUCCCUCCUGCUAUCCAUGCAGCUCUCCUUGCACUUUACCAGUAAUUCAUGUUUUGUGUGUAGUCUGUGCCAAGUGAUAGUUUUGCAAUACAACAAUACAAUACUUAGUUUUGAGUCUUGGUGAUAUAAGGGGCAUAAUUCCUAAAUUUUUUGUACUGCACUUACUUAAAAAUGACUUGAUAUCCUUUGCUAUUUCACUGCUAGUGCGAUCCACUGUCCUGUUAUUAGGUCACUGAAAAACAUUGCCCUUAAACAGCUAUAUAUAUUUAUAAAAAGGAAAAAUAAUAGGCAAGCCUGUUUCUAUGCUACUGCCCUGCCAAAUUAUAGUUUAAAAGUGAUGGAUUUUUUUGGCUUAUGACUCGAACGCUGGCUUGCCCGACGUUGAAAGGUUCUUCCAGUAGUAUUACUCUUUUCUUGUGUUGUUUGAUUGUGGCGCUUUAGUGCGACAGCUAGGUGGCACCAGAAGCACCGUACGCUUUAGAGUCGACCACCUGAACUCAAAUCUUAAUCAGUAUUUUAAGAGCCGCGGUGAACUAGACCAAACAUGUACCAACUUAUUUAACAUUGAUGUGAGUCUCUGUUCCUCGUGUUUCCUUCCUACAUUUGACUCUCGUCUGAAAAUCAAACUCCUGUAUGCACAAUAUCAAGGGAGGAUCUGCUUUUGCUUGCCUGCACCUUGUUUUUCUUUUUCUUUUUUUAAAAAUAUCAAAUAAUUUGGGACCUCAUGACUACCACGGCCAUUUGUCUUAACAGCUAAUACACAGUUCUGUCAAAGGUGAGCUAUGCAUCGUGAAUCUUGGACCUGUGCAUAUGUGUGUCAUGUAAUUUUCAGACCUACUCUUAGACCUGUACAGACGAAUGUAUGGGCUUUUUUUGUUUGUUUUGUGUCAUUCACUGAGCCAAAAACAGGACUCUGUUUGUAGAAAUGACAUUGCGACAACAGCACGAGUGGAAUCAGGUGUGAUGGAGGAUCGUUGAAAUGUGGCGAUAGAGCUGUUGUCUCGAUCGAGUGAUACUGUAGCUUUAAGUCAUAACCAGACACAUAGGGAGCAGACUUUUUUUUGUGGGUCUCAAACUGCAUCAUUUACAGCUGAAGUGAUACUCCCUCUUUGAGUUUUUAAAUCAUAUCCUUUAAUAACAUUCUGUACAUCCCUUUUUACAGCCAUAUUUUCAUUCCAUCGAUUGUGAAGUACACAGGGAGAAUAAUACAUUUUGAAAAAAAAAGUGAGAAAAAACAUUGUAAAUAUCACAGUGAAAAAAAGAGAUCUACUUAAAUUGUACUGUACUUUCUAAACCCAUAUAAAAUUGUAUCUACAAUUUGUAGAUAUGUGUACUUUUGAUUUAAUAAAAUAAGACUAUAAAACUUUA